AUGACCCGCCGGCGAUCAUCACCGUAUCGAAUACAUGAGCCAACGACGUUCAUCAUUACGCUCCUCACAACCACAUCUGCGCACAUUCUCCCACAACGGACCACAGUACUGCCUUACCAGACACUCGACGUUCUCCCCUAUCCCAUACCCACGGCUGCGUUGUUCCCCCGGCAACAGGCCCUCAACACGAUAUGCGGGUACAUUGGAGGCGACCCCGAGCUGGCUGCGACAUGCUCGGCGGGAUCACAUUGCGCUGUCGACGUGGCGCAUAACGCAAUAGGCUGCUGCCCAAAUGGCGACGUCGCAUGUACAACUGGUGUGUAUACAGCCUGCGUUGACAGCGACAGUCCCCCGCAGAAUGCGAUUGACCCAUACGUCUUCACCUGCGGCAGCGGCGAUGGUGGCUGCUUCAGGAACGACUUUGAGGGAGGAUUCUUCCAGUACGGUUGUGGAGGCAGCGCCGCUACGGUGAGGAUGACUGCUAGCGGGAAAACGGAUGUCGAGCUGGGAACUGUGAGCGUCGAGAUGACGGAACAACCUUCCACGCUAUCAGAGCCAACAACCCUGGGGACAGGCACAAGGACGAAAAGCGCGACACAAUCAACAGAUACCACAGAGAGCGACAGCUCAAGUAGUACCGCUGAGGAAGAAUCGACGACUGCAACGAGGACAACAGAGCGACCAAGCGCGACUGAGACGAGCGGCGGGGCUGACGACGACGACACUGCCGCUCCCGAAAACAGUGGCAAUGGGCCGAAUACUGGUGCUAUUAUCGGAGGCACCCUAGGCGGUGUGGCUUUUGUUGCCAUGGUGGCCGUGUUGGCGCUGUAUCUGUGGCGCCGUCGGAAGGGCAACUCCAGGCAAGGGCCUGGUCAGCAAGGCGACACCAAGUAUAUCAGCCCCAUGACCGACGCACGCCAUCCGUUCGAACCCCUAUCUGCUGUGCAAGAAGUCGACGAAUCCCAGCUACCGCGGGACGGUCCCCGUACGACUGAUGGCGCCGGCGCCGGCACAUCGCUAGGCGUAUCAUCCGAGUCCAACCCCAACGAGGAGCCGCGCCACACGGUCUCGCCAUACUGGUCAUCCGUCUCAUCGCGCGGCGGCGCCGUCGAGGGCUCUGGAUAUCAAGAAAAGGACAGCAUGCCCCUGACUAGUGAGAUGGGCAUGAGUCCCACGAUCGUCCGGUCAUCGGACCAUCAUCCGCAUCCCGUGGCGGCGCAGUUCAUGGAUAGCCGAGACGUUGAAAUGACGGAUCGCAUGGGCGCCGCCGACAGCAGUAACAAUCAGUCCGGCGACGGCGACUAUGGGACGUAUCCUGGACCACGGAGGGGCGGAGGCGGCGGUGCGCUGUGGCAGCAGAACCGUGUCCAGACAAAGAACAUGAAUUGGCUGUAGAGGAGGGCGGCUACCUGCGUUGAUGAGAUGUUUUGGUUUUUUAGAAUAGCAUCAGCAUGGAUACCCAUAGCUUAGCAUUAGAAGGAGUCAGACGAGGGCUCAGGAUAGCAGGGCCGUGCUUCAAUGAUGGCUUCAAUGAUUGAUGACUCCAAUGAUGACGGCAGCGUCUCACUUUCGCACGUCGAUUGAAUAUUGCUAUGAACGAUUAAUUGCAUCAUAUGCUGGUGUUGCUUUUACAAGCUGUCGGUGCGCUUGGAUCGUCCCUUGAUGCUGCUUGCGGACUAGACUAGCCGCCGAGUUGGUGUGCGCGUGUCAUAGACUAACAUGUUAGUCGCAGCCGCACUCGCACUACAACGUCAGUGACUACAAGUAAGACUGAGAGUAUCGCAAUGUACAUUUAAAAUCAAAGUAGUUGUUCACAUUCCAGAAUUACCUCUGCCCACGCC